AACACACACACAUACAGCCUCUCUUCCUCUUCCUCCUCCGUCCGGCUCUCCCGAUUGGCACCCAGGCGGCCCAACCCGAGCCGGCCGCCGUGCGCCGCCAUGGACGGCUUGCACGGUACGGACGCUUGCUUCUCCCCCGGGAGGGCUAUGUCACCGCAGGUGAGGCCCCCUGGGUCACCGGACAUAAGUCAGUACCUGGCGGAGUUGUUGCAGGAGCACCAGAAGCUGGGGCCAUUCAUGCAGGUGCUCCCAAUCUGCAGCAGGUUGCUGAAUCAAGAGAUAGUGCGGGUGUCCAAUAUGCGUCGCCAACAUGGUGUUGGGGAUUUUGAGAGGCUGCCAGUCAUAAACCCGAACCAGAUGCAUACGUCCCCCAUGCCAUUUUUUUGCGGAAAUGGUUUUAGUCCAUGGAGUGGGAUGCAUGAUCCAGAGGGAGUAGGUGUGCUACAAGGAGAUAUGGGCUGGCAAGGACCCCCACAAAGCCCCUCUUCUUACAUUAUCAAGAAGAUUUUGCGGUUAGAAGUACCAAUAGAUACAUACCCUAAUUUCAAUUUUAUUGGUCGUCUUCUUGGGCCAAGGGGAAACUCUUUGAAGAGGAUUGAAGCCUCUACAGGUUGUCGUGUUUUCAUCAGAGGGAAGGGCUCAAUUAAGGAUUCUGGCAAGGAGGAACAACUCAAGGGAAGACCUGGCUAUGAACACUUGAGUGAUCCCCUCCAUAUCCUGAUUGAAGCUGAGUUACCGGCUAAUGUCAUCGACUCAAGACUUGCAAAAGCACAAGAGAUCCUUGAAGAGUUGUUGAAGCCAGUGGACGAAUCACAAGACUACUACAAGAGACAGCAACUCCGAGAACUUGCCAUGUUGAAUUCACCACUCCGAGAGGAGAGUCCACAUCCUGGUUGUGCUCCUCCUAGUCCCUUCAGUAACGGCGGCAUGAAACGAGUGAAACAAUGACCAGAGAGGCUUUCAUGAUGGUGUUGGCAGUGUGUGACAUCCUUUACUGUACUAGCCGGUAAAUUUUGAUCUCCCAUGUGACAUUAGCCUUAUGAGUGACAGAUGACUAUGAUUAGUGUAUCCUCUGUGGCUGUAUAAUUAGAACAUUUGAUUUAUUUGUUACUGGUAAUGCUGAGAUAUAGUACUGUGCAGAAUUCUGAGUUACA